CCUAUGCAGAACAGUUACAGAGCCAGCUUAACUCAAAAUUGACAGCCUGGGCUCCCAAGCCUCUCCCAGGCCUAACUUGAUCAGGAUAGACCCCUGCUUCCAGAACGGAUGCCCCUGAUGCCUUCUUAGUCCAUUCUGUAGACACCUGAGCCUCUAAGGCCUUCAGCCAAGAACUUCAGUAGUAAUUAAAGGCUCUGGAUAAGCUGCUUCAGGUGUGUGAGACUCAGGCUCCCCUUCCGUGCGAAUGUGGCUUUGUGGGAGUGGGGAGGAGGAGAUAGUGUCAGCAGCUGUGUUUCCUGGGCCCAGCUGGCGAAGCAACCAGGGGUCGUGGCUCCAGCGCAUCAGCCACCCAUCACAUGUGCAGGUCAUCCAGAUCCUGCCUGGGGAUAAAUUCCAAGAAGUUACAUUUCAGGAUCAAAAAGCUUUCCUAGUCUGAACGGACCGUUCAUUCUUUCACUCUGGCGUUCAGCAGUCAGUAAGUGCUAAGCAGAGCUGGAAGGUGCUCCCGAGGCGGGGCCAUGCUCACGUUCAUGGCCUCUGACAGCGAGGAGGAAGCCUGCAACGAGCGGACGUCCCUGAUGUCAGCCGAGAGCCCCACCCCACGUGCCUGCCAGGAGGGCAGGCAGGGCCCGGAGGACGCCGAGAACACUGCGCCGUGGAGAAGCCAGGACAGCGAGGAGGACUACGAGGAGGACCCUGACCGCUACGUUUGCAGUGGGGUGCCCGGGCGGCCGCCAGGCCUGGAGGAGGAGCUGACCCUCAAAUAUGGGGCGAAGCAUGUGAUCAUGCUGUUUGUGCCGGUCACGCUGUGCAUGAUUGUGGUGGUGGCCACCAUCAAGUCCGUGCGCUUCUACACGGAGAAGAACGGACAGCUCAUCUACACGCCGUUCACCGAGGACACGCCCUCGGUGGGCCAGCGCCUCCUCAACUCCGUGCUCAACACCCUCAUCAUGAUCAGCGUCAUCGUGGUCAUGACCAUCUUCCUGGUCGUGCUCUACAAGUACCGCUGCUACAAGUUUAUCCAUGGCUGGUUGAUCAUGUCCUCGCUGAUGUUGCUAUUCCUUUUCACGUAUAUCUACCUCGGGGAAGUGCUCAAAACCUACAACGUGGCCAUGGACUACCCCACCCUCUUGCUGACGGUCUGGAACUUCGGGGCGGUGGGCAUGGUGUGCAUCCACUGGAAGGGCCCGCUCGUGCUGCAGCAGGCCUACCUCAUCAUGAUCAGCGCGCUCAUGGCCCUGGUGUUCAUCAAGUACCUCCCGGAGUGGUCUGCCUGGGUCAUCCUGGGUGCCAUCUCCGUGUAUGAUCUCGUGGCUGUGCUGUGCCCCAAAGGGCCACUAAGAAUGCUGGUGGAGACGGCCCAGGAGAGAAACGAGCCCAUCUUUCCUGCCCUGAUCUACUCCUCCGCCAUGGUGUGGACAGUGGGCAUGGCCAAGCUGGACCCGUCCUCUCAGGGAGCCCUCCAGCUCCCCUACGACCCAGAGAUGGAGGAAGACUCCUAUGACAGUUUUGGGGAGCCCUCGUACCCAGAAGUCUUUGAGCCCCCGCUGCCUGGCUAUCCGGGGGAGGAGCUGGAGGAAGAGGAGGAAAGGGGCGUGAAGCUGGGCCUCGGGGACUUCAUCUUCUACAGCGUGCUGGUGGGCAAGGCGGCGGCCACGGGCAGCGGGGAUUGGAACACCACACUGGCCUGCUUCGUCGCCAUCCUCAUCGGUUUGUGUCUGACCCUCCUGCUGCUGGCCGUGUUCAAGAAGGCGCUGCCCGCCCUCCCCAUCUCCAUCACGUUCGGCCUCAUCUUCUACUUCUCCACGGACAACCUGGUGCGGCCAUUCAUGGACACCUUGGCCGCCCACCAGCUCUACAUCUGACGAGAAGUGCAAGUGCUGCGGGCUGGAUGUUCAGGAGAUUCUAACAUGAUGCAGUGGUAUAGUCUUACACGCUAGUGCCAUAUAUUUUUAAGACUUUUCUUUCCUUAAAAAAGAAAGAAUAACAAAAAGUAUUGUGUUUACUUCAUGAAGAUGAAGCAGAACCAGCUUUUUGGUGCUAGUUGUUUCGUCACCAGCCCUCGGCUCCUCCUUUAUCAGCACUCGCUUCACAGAAGUGAGGAAACAGAAGCAGAUCCAGAUCAUCGGAAAGGCCCACGCCGUGUGGGAGGGGACAUGGAGAAGGAUGCCGGUCCAGGCUCCGUGAUCCGGAGUUCUCCGAGGGCCAGUGUAAAUGAGGGACCAGGAGUACGUGCUCGGGAAACUGGACUAAGCACCCAGUCAUGCUGAUCGAGGAAGAAAAGCCAGUGUUUUCUGCAAGGAAUAUUCCCAGUGCUCUAUCUAUGAUGUCAUUGUUAUUUUAUUACCUGUAGAAAUUCAGUCCUGUUCUUGUUACAGCAUCAUUGCUGCUGGGAAAUGGCUUCAUGUUAAUAUCAAUAAAUAGAAGAAUACCACUGGAAUGUUGGAGUUGGGUCUCU